AGAAAAUAUACUAACCGAUUCCAUGUGCUCCGUUUCGCCAGCUGCUGCGCCUCUUCCCCUGAUUAAUCAGUCUAAUUAAUCCCCCUCGGUUCAAUCGAAGUCUCAUCGACCUCCUAAGCAAACAACGAGCUCAGCACAAUCACCCCCGCCCAAGAAGCCAAAGGAGGAAGCAGGCGGCGGCGGCAGCAGCAAUAGCAGCUAGAGAGAGAGAGAGAGAGACGGGAAAGGAGAGGGAUCCCUGAAUGGCGAUGGGCGACGCGAAGCCGUCGGUGCAAAUCCCGAUGCCCAGCCGCGACCGGGACCUGCUCGUGCCGCCCGCCGCCGUCGCCACCCACGCGUCCCCGUCCGCCCGCGCCGGCGCCGACUCCGACGACGACGAGACCAAGCCCUCCUCCGCCUCCGCCGCCGCCGCCGCCGCGCAGACCGGCCGCGAGGCGUUCCAUAAGGUUGUGCAUAGCUGGGCGUCCAAGAAGUUCAUGACCGGAUGUGUAAUCCUCUUCCCAAUUGCAGUCACAUUCUAUGUGACAUGGUGGUUCUUUUGCUUUGUGGAUGGGUUUUUCUCUCCAAUAUAUGCUCAUCUGGGAAUCAAUAUAUUUGGACUUGGUUUUGUAACUUCGAUAUCAUUCAUUUUUGUGGUUGGAGUGUUCAUGUCAUCUUGGUUGGGGGCGUCUAUUCUUGGUCUUGGAGAGUGGUUUAUAAAGCGAAUGCCAUUUGUUCGCCACAUUUACAAUGCUUCUAAGCAAAUCAGUGCUGCCAUUUCGCCUGAUCAAAACAAGCAUGCAUUCAAGGAAGUGGUCAUCAUUAGGCACCCUAGAAUUGGUGAAUAUGCAUUUGGAUUUAUCACUUCAGAAGUUCUCCUUCAGGGUUAUUCCAGUGAAGAACAGAUGUGCUGUGUUUAUGUUCCGACCAAUCAUCUCUAUAUUGGUGACAUAUUUUUGGUCAACUCAAGUGAUGUGAUUAGACCAAACUUAUCUGUUCGCGAAGGCAUUGAGAUUGUUGUCUCAGGGGGCAUGUCAAUGCCUCAAUUUUUAUCUAUUCUGGAAACCGAGCCGAACCAGUUGACCAGGAUCAGAUCUACUCGAAGCUGAGAUAGCUCUCGCAUGCUAGAUUUCAUUUGUAAUUCUGUGUUUUGAGCCCUUGCUUGUUUCUGUAAGUACAAGAGUAGGAUCUGAUAGAAUGUACAGUUCUCAUGGGUGGAAUGCAAAGUCUGCCUGUAGACGCAGCAUUUACUCACCUGGGUGUGCAUGUGUGUGGGUGCUCGCUUCUAUGGUAGUCUCAGAUCCUUCAGUAAUCUAACUUAGCAGCCGCAUUAGAAGCAGAGUUGACCUGUAUUGAGAUGUCAGGUUUGGCCGUGGAGGAAUUUCUUGUUAGGCCUGUUUGGGUGGUAGGAUUUGGAUUCAAUUUUUUAUUGUCUAGUUCGAACUCCA